AUGACAAUUAUUAUUGUUCUUUUCCUAACCCCAAUUCUCAUAGCCUACUUUCUCAAUUACACAUAUUGGCUAAGACGUGGAAUUCCAACCCCACUAGGUUAUCCGAUCUUGGGAAAUGUUUUGGAUAUGUUCAGCACCACCCAUCCACCACCACUGAAACUUCAAGAAUAUACGAAAAAAUAUGGAAAAUACUAUGGAAUCACUGAAGGUUUAUCGAGAGUUCUAGUUGUUAGUGAUGUCGAGAUGAUAAAUGAGAUAUUUUUGAGACAAUUUGAUAAUUUUUACGGAAGGAAAUUGAAUAAUUUGCAAGGAAAUCCGGAAAGAGAUGAGUGUUUGAAUGUUUUUCAAUCGCAAGGAUAUCGGUGGAAAAGGUUGCGGAAUUUGUCAAGUUCCUCGUUUUCUAGUAAUAGUUUGAGGAAAAUGAGGGGGAUUGUUGAGGACUCGGUUUUUGGAAUUAUUGAUCAUUUGGAUAGGUAACAUGACGAAAUAAAAAAAACGUUUUUUUUUAACGUUAAAAAACCAAAAAAGUGAUUGACGAACAGUAUUUUUAUUCAUUUUUCACCAUUUUCUCAACACACUGAAUAAAGUGAAGCUAAAACACGUUUUAGUGUCCAGAAAUGUCACUCCAAGCUCUUUCAAUGAGUCUUAAAGUCAAAUCAAGCCUUCAAAAUCAAAUUGUUGAUUUUCGAAAAUUUUCACACUCGCUCAAGCAAGCAAUCGCGACAAGACCCAACGCAUUAAAUUUAUCAUGUUCCUUUAAUACUGUAGUGCGAAACAUAACGGCGAACAGAAAGAAUUAGACAAAAGUGUUUACACAGUUUUUUCAUUCGCAAAUUUUUCGUUUUACAGUAGCAAAACACUCAUUGUUACAUUUUCGAAACUUUUUUUUUUGAAAAUUUUUCGAAAAUCACCAAUUUCAUUUUUUGGGAGUUGUGAGGCUUGAUUUGUCGUUUAGGCUGAUUAGAAGGUCUUGAAAGAGCAUUUCUGGACACUAAAAUGCGUUUUAGCUUCACUUUAAUAAAUUGGGAAUGUGUUAAGAAAAUGGUGAAAAAAUGAAUAAAAAUACCGUUCGUGAAUCACUUUUUCGGUUUUUUAACGUUAAAAAACGUUUUUAUUUUCCGUGAAUAAGUAGUGAAAUACAGCUUUCUCUACAGAAUCUCGAAGGACGAAAUCGACAUGCUUGAAAUCUACCAAGAGUUCACAAUGGAUGUAAUCGGGCGGAUUGCGAUGGGACAGGAGGGCUCCAAGCUCUUCCGGAAUCCCCUUCUCAUUCCAGUUCGUGAAAUAUUCGGGCACAAUCGAAGUCUACUUUAUACAAUCGGCAAUAUUCUACCGCCAUUUUUGGCUGAGAUUUUGCGAUGGUUUAUGAUGCGAUAUUCGAUGCUUGGGCUGAGUCCAGCUGUUGAAAUACAUCGGGUAAUUCGGGAAGCUGUUUUGGAGAGAAUCAGGAAUCCUAGAACAACAGAAUUAUCAGAGGAGCCCAGAGACUUUAUAGAUCUAUUUCUCGAUGCUAAAACUGAUGUGAGAUCUGAGAGUUCCUUGGAAUUUUCAAGAACUUCAGCUUCAGAGGUCAAAAUCGAGAAAAACCUAACUUUUGAAGAGAUCAUCGCACAGUGUUUCAUAUUUCUUGUUGCUGGAUUUGAUACAGCUUCCCUGGCAUUGGGGUAUACUUCAUACUUGUUAGCUUUGAAUCCGGAAGCGAUGCGGAAAGCGCAAAAAGAGAUUGAGGAAGUCUGCGGGGAGGAACAGGUUAGAAUUUUUGAUAAAAUUAAACUUGCAUAUUUAUUUACAGAGCAUAAGUUUCGAUCAAUUGUCUAGACUCAAAUAUCUUGAAGCGGUUAUCAAAGAAACACUUCGAUUAUAUCCGCUGGGUUCAUUGUAAGUGUUUAUUCUUUCUGAAUCCUAAAAAAAAAUCACGAUAAAAUUCCAGAGGAAAUGGUAGAAGAUGUAUGAAGAGCACCGAAGUUUGUGGAAUUCGAAUCGAAAAAGAUACAAAUAUUCUAGUUGAUACGUGGAGUCUACAUUAUGAUAAACAAAUUUGGGGAGAAGAUUCGAAUGAAUUUCGACCGGAAAGAUGGAAUGAUCAGCAAAUGAAAAAUGGAGCAAAUUAUUUACCAUUUGGUUUUGGGCCAAGACAAUGUAUUGGAAUGAGAUUGGCUAUGACGGAAGAGAAAUUGAUUUUGGCGCAUAUUUUGAGAAAAUUUGAUUUUGAAAUUGGAUCAAAGACGCAGAUUCCGUUGAAAUUGGUUGGAAGAGCGACUACACAACCGGAAACAUUGAUUUUGAAAUUGAGAAAACGGGAUUAUUGA